CACAGGGAGGAGGAGGAGGGCGGCAGAGCUCAGGCCACCCGCGGGCCCCGAGGUUUGCAGCGCCGAGGUCGGGAAGGAAAGUUCGCCGGGAGUCGAGCUAGGAGUUGGAGCGAAGUUUGGCUGGCCACGGCCGGACGCUCCCGGGAUCCCAGUCUUUUCGGUGUGCCUGCCUGCCUCCCCCUUCGGGGGGAGCCUCUCCUGCCCACCUCCACCAUGUCUUCCAUCCUGCCCUUCACCCCCCCGAUCGUGAAGCGCCUCCUGGGCUGGAAGAAAGGCGAGCAGAACGGGCAAGAAGAGAAGUGGUGCGAGAAGGCGGUCAAAAGCCUGGUCAAAAAGCUAAAGAAGACCGGGCAGCUGGAUGAGCUGGAGAAGGCUAUCACCACGCAGAACAUCAACACCAAAUGCAUCACCAUCCCCAGAUCCUUGGAUGGCCGACUGCAAGUGUCUCACCGCAAAGGGCUGCCCCAUGUCAUCUAUUGUCGCCUUUGGCGAUGGCCCGACCUUCACAGCCACCAUGAGCUCCGGGCCAUGGAGAUGUGUGAAUUUGCCUUCAACAUGAAGAAGGAUGAAGUCUGUGUGAAUCCCUAUCAUUACCAGAGAGUAGAGACACCAGUUCUUCCUCCUGUUUUGGUCCCAAGACACACAGAGAUCCCAGCCGAGUUCCCUCCGUUAGAUGACUACAGCCAUUCCAUUCCGGAGAAUACUAACUUCCCUGCAGGGAUCGAACCCCAAAGCAAUUACAUUCCAGAAACCCCACCCCCUGGUUACCUGAGCGAAGAUGGAGAAACCAGUGAUCACCAGAUGAAUCACAGCAUGGAUGCAGGUUCUCCAAACUUAUCUCCAAAUCCUAUGUCCCCCGCACACAAUAAUUUGGAUCUGCAACCUGUCACAUACUGCGAGCCAGCCUUCUGGUGCUCCAUCUCCUACUAUGAACUGAACCAGAGGGUGGGGGAGACUUUCCAUGCCUCUCAGCCUUCCAUGACUGUAGAUGGUUUCACUGACCCAUCCAACUCGGAGCGCUUCUGUCUUGGUUUAUUGUCCAAUGUGAACAGGAAUGCAGCUGUGGAGCUUACUCGCCGGCACAUUGGGAGAGGAGUGCGGCUCUAUUACAUCGGAGGAGAAGUCUUUGCAGAAUGCCUCAGUGACAGUGCCAUUUUUGUCCAGUCCCCCAACUGUAACCAGCGUUACGGCUGGCACCCAGCAACUGUCUGCAAGAUUCCACCAGGAUGCAACCUGAAGAUAUUCAAUAACCAGGAAUUUGCGGCCCUGCUGGCUCAGUCCGUCAACCAGGGCUUUGAGGCUGUUUACCAGCUGACUCGGAUGUGUACCAUUCGAAUGAGCUUUGUUAAAGGCUGGGGAGCUGAAUACAGGAGACAGACUGUGACCAGCACCCCCUGUUGGAUUGAGCUACAUCUGAAUGGUCCUCUCCAGUGGCUGGAUAAGGUCCUCACACAGAUGGGCUCCCCUAGCAUUCGAUGCUCUAGUGUAUCUUAGAGACAUCUAUAAGAAUGGGAAUGGGGAAGGUAGAGGUGCUGGUGAUGGUGGUGGUGGGAGGGGUGGUGAGGGAGGUGGGAAAAUCUAAGACUCCUUAAAAUGGGAAGCUUGUUUGACUUGACAACUAUCAAAGAAGAAAUUUUUCUCCUCAACCAAAGUGAUAGUGACACACUUAAAAAAAGUCAACCAGAAACAGAGGUAGUUUUUGAAAGUAACCAUCUAACUCGUCCACUUCUGCAAAUCAAGGUUAGGAAUUUGACUCAUAGCAAGAGGUGCCAUAGAGUCAAUUCAAAGCACAUGUUCAUCAUACUGGUGAAAACAGACUUUGGUUCAGUUGUCUUGAAGCUGGAAAGUGGUAUUUUGCAUCCCCCAUUGCCCCCUUUUCUCCCUCCUCCCUUUCCACUUUCCCUUUGUCCUACUUCAGUGAUGACUUUCUGUGGGGGUCAGCAUCUGAUUAGAAAUACCCAUCUGUCUAGGAUGGAAAACAGAAACUUUUCUUUAAAAGGCAUUGCUAGGAGGAAAUGCUGGGUUUGCAGAGGAAAUGGGGACUGUGUUUUGCAGCUUUCUCACCCUUAUCCUCCAAGCAGUUGGCAAGAAAGGACACUUCAGCUGAGCAUUCCCAAGAUUCAUCUCUUCAGCAUGCUGUACUGUGGACAGACUACCUUUGACAUCUUACCUGUCCUCUCUGCAUACUAGCUGAAUGGAGGCAAGUGUAUGCAGUAGAAACAAUGAUACAUGCACAAGGGGAGUGGUGGGGAAAGUUGGCCAGAACCAUUUCCCUCUUCCACAACUCGCCUAAACUUUUUGUUUCUUACUUUAAAAAGUUGGAAAGACCAGUCUAGGUUCUGUGCAUAUGCGAUGUAUAGUUCAUAUUAUCACAUUAAUCUCAAAGAGAUUUGAAUUACUUAACUAUUUACAUGAAGCAAAGGACACGUCAUGACUUUUUAAUGUUGCAGUAGUUGUUUUUGACUAGAACAGCACUACAUCGAGUGGGCUUUCAGUCAUUUGCAAGAACUCACUCCAUAUCCUGAUGCAUUUGGCCAUUGCUGUUUAAUGUAGUCAGUUGCAUUAAUUAAAUUAACAUUUUAUUGUAUCUUCUUUUAAAUGUUUAUUUUAAAAAAUUUCCUCAGUUAAUAUAAUGACAGGAAAGUCUCUGAGAGGGGAAGGAGAAAGAAGAGGAGGAACUAUAAACUGUUUGCAGCCAUUACUUGUUGGUGAAAUGAUGCUAACCCAACCCUUUUGAAGCUAAUUUGUGGCUGUGAAUUGACCAGACAUCUCUUAGCACCUCAGAUCAAGCAUGGGCAUGUAGAAAAGGCUACUUUGAAAUUUUACACCCAGUGUAAAGGGAUCUAUUGUCUUUUCCCUGUACCAUGAGAUUCUCUAGCUAAAUAUCAUUAGGUGAUCAACAGCAACACUAGCAGUGAGUAUGGAAUUCCACUCGCUGGUGGAAACCUAGUUGAAUAAACUAUGACAAAUAAAUGCUUUCAACUGGAAAAAAAAGGAAUCUCUUUUCUCUCUCAGUGACCUUUUGUAGCAUACAGGAGACUGAACUGUCCUCUGCAAUCCAUUCUUUAUUCUUUGCUGUCUGAUUAUUACCAUCUUAAAUGUCUCAUCCAGGAUUUUUGCAUGGAUUUGUGUCAGGGAAAAAAAAGGAUUUCCUAUGGAAAUUCUUCUUUAUUUAGGCAGGUGAGGGUGUGUGGGUAGGGAAAUCUCUUAAUUCUGCCAAGCAAAAACCUCAAAUGUGCCAUUUUUAAUGUUAGGACUCUAGGUGCUUUGGGAAUAGGGUUCAAACAGUGGAUGAGUUCCCAGCUCCACACAAGAACUCCAUAGACCCAAAGGGCUUAGGAGGUCUAGUGAUAAAAGAGCUUUUAAUAAGAUCCAUGCCUAUCACCUUGAAGUUUUUCUGUAUUGGUGCCCAGAGCAGAAAUAAUCCAGUGACUUCAUUGGAGAGAAUUAGGCACUACAGAGUAUCAGGGUUCAUGCCUGACAAAGAAAGGAAAAAGCCAGCUUUCAGACCGAUUCAGGAAGCUGCCUAGGUAUCUUCUGUACGUGCUUUGUGUUUGUGACAUGAGGUUAGCGGCAUGUACAGUUUACUUUCUCACAGAGCUUCAGUGAUGCCUUUCAAAAGCCAUAUGUAUUUCCUUAGCCUUGGCAAUCUUCAGCUGCUAUUCUGUCCUAGCUGAGAGGUGCCCAGAACUCACUUGUUGCUCUUAUUCCUAUUUGCACAGCUAUUCUCUACUUUCUCAGUUCAUGUGUGCCCUUAGACACAGCUCAGUUAUGGAAAGUGUCCAAAUACUAAUAUGGGGAGAUAUUUGUAAGAUGUAGUAGAAUCUGAGAGCCAUGGGGGUAAUUAGACUAAUUUUAACCCAAAAUGGCAACUCCUUCUGAAUAAUACAAAAUCUUUAGGCUUUUUUUUUUUUUUUUUUUUUAAGAACUCCCCCAAGUUAUUCCCCCUCUUUUUAAGAUUAGACCAUAAGGGGGAAACUUCUCAAAAAUCAAUUUAAUUACAAGGAAGGUUGAGAAACAGUAUCAAUAGGAAUAAAGGAUGUCUUGGGGAUUCUGAUACUUGUAUUCAUUCUUAUUUCAGCUUCUUCAGUUGACAAAAAAGUUUUCCUAAUUUGAAUAUCUGAUGUGUGAGUGACUUCUGCACAUGUUGGAACUUUUUUUUUUAAAAAAGAAAAAUUGGUAGAACUGAGGAAAAAGUACAGUUUGGGGACUGUUAACAAUUGGAUAUAUCGUGUUGCAGUUUUACAUGUAUUUUGUACAGGUAACAUUUUAAAGGAUGGUGUUCCCUUAUUAUAUUCCCAAUAUACAUAUGUCAUGAUUUUGCAGUUUAUAUAUUGACACUAUGAAAGGAGCAGUAGGUCAUAGACUAUUGUAUUCAGUAUCUCCAAAGAGGUUUCCCCUGCCCUCCAACCUUCACUCCCUCCCCAUCUCUUUUAAGUACAUACAUAUAGGUAGAUGGUCCAGCCUGUUUCAUAUUAUAGGCCUGUACUGAAUUUAUCAUCUCAAUCAACUGUACUUUUAGCAGGCUUCAUAGGAGAGCAGACUUUUCACUACAGUUCUUUAAUCAGUAAUAGGUAUUUUGAUCUUCCUUAUAAUAGGAGUUCUGACACACAAGGGCAGGGCUGCUGGCAGACUUUACAGUUGUCCUUGUGUGUAUAUUGUUUUUUUAAUUGAGUUUGAAAAAAUUAUUGUUAAUAAAUUGAAUUGUAGUGUACUGUUAUUCAUGCCGCUAUGCCCCACCCAUUUUCUAGUGUUUGGCUAUUUUCUAGUCCCAUAUUCAUUUACUUUGUACCCUACAAUUCCCUUCCUCUUCCCUCCAAAUAGUGUGCAUGUAAUUCUGCUAAGGAUGCAAACAUCUGACUUCAUUCUUAGUUUCAGCAAUAUGAGGUGACAUUUAUGAGGAUCUUUGAUGAAUCACUGUAUUUUCAGGGCUAUCAUCUGUAAUAGGCCAGUCUAUUUCCUCCUUAUAGAGUUCCUAAUAUGCUUUUCUUCCCAUGAACAAUAAGGCUGAGGGAUCAAAGGAAUUGAGAGAUAUGGGAAAGAAACCUAAAAAUGAGUAUAGAGCUAAUACAAUGCCUGAAAUAUAUUUUGAUGGUUUCAAAGUUGCAAUUGAACUUCAAAAUGAACUUGGAUUGAGGAGGGGAGAGAUAGACUAAAAAGGAGAGCAUCAAAAGAUAAAUGUUUUCCUAAUUUAGGAAAAGAAAAUUCAAACACAAUAAGAAGGCAACUCACUUCAUGCUUUCUCAUCUGUACAUUAGGCUGGAUUCAAUGGUCUCUCAAGUCCCUUGAAACUAAGAAAUCUGUGCUCCUGUGAAAUGUUUUGAGGUUCUUAACUACUUGUUCUAGAGGGAAAGGGCCAGAAGGAACUUUACUUUACUAUUAGUGGGGCUCCUGCCAAUUGUAGAACAAUCUAGUUAAGUAUCAAUGAAUUGAGAAUGAAAUCGGUGGAGAAAAUGUGUUUCUGAAAAAUUGUCUGGGAAUCAAAUCCUAUCAAUCAGGUAAAAGUAGACCUGUCAUGAUCUAAACUGGAUUGCAAAAUUCUCAGUGAUUAGAAAUUAAUUUUUCUUUUUGUAUGAUAAAGUGAAGUGUAUUCUAGCAUAUCAAAUAUUUUCAUAUUUAUGUAGUGACUUCUUAGAACAUUCAGGUGGAUCAUAACUAUUUAAUUUCUGGAGAGAAAUGAAAAGGCCUUCCUACCAAGAGAAUAGUGAUUGUGAAAAUCUGGGAGCAUAGACAGUCCUGAGCCCUGUUCCAUGGUCUGGUUUUAUACCAGGUAUCCCCCAAAACCUGCUAUGCUGUAGGCUGGGAUACUGACAGCAGUAAACAAGAGUGGGCAGAAGUCUAUCCCAAGUAAAGGACUUGCCCUGAGCCUUUUAGGAGGAAGGAGGCUCAAUGUGUCUCAGUGAUUUGGGCCACCUCCACGUCAAAGGGUUAUCGUAAGCCUUUUAUCAGUGUGUGGUUGGAGAUGGCCAACAGUCAGUCUUCACUCACCUUCUGCUGACCCAUCCAAGUUGUGAUUGACUCUUGGGGGAGGGGAGGAGCUGGUUGUGUCUGUUCAUUACCUUUGCUUCUCAACCAAGCCUGGCCUUUUAAUAGCUAUGUAAGAGCAUGUAUGUAUUUAGUGUUUUAGAUUUUUUUCUAACUUUUUUAUUCUUAUGAAAAGAGCACCUGCUUGUUAAGCAUAGUACCUCUAUUGUUAAAGAUCUGUAUGCCUUCUCCCUCCCUCUAUGAUAUGGAACUGUUAAUUGUCAUUCUAAUAAACUGUUAAUUAAAAAAACCUUUGUGUUGA